UUGCAAGCAUCUCGAAAUUAUGACAUCCGGAGUACAGAUCGCAGCAGCUGCCAGCUGCAAGUUCUGGAACCAAUAGAAAAAUUCGCAAUGACGCUAAAGAUUUGUUUUCUUAGGCACAAAUGCUAUGAAACUGUGAUUUUAUGGGGUAUUAGAGCAUCUCCAACCGAAAGACUAAAUAUGAGCCGCCCAUAAAAUUUUAGGGGCUUGAAAUUCUCUCGACUCCAGCCAGCCCGACCAAAUCAUGGUCCCAAAUCAAUCCGAGUGAGACCCAACUGUCAGCGAAACAAAUUAACUCUCCACCGCCGCGGACGCUCGCGCUCGAGCUCGCGCUACGCCGCCGUCCUCCCUCUGCGCCGGCGACCUCGCGCCUCGGCACCGUCCUCCCUCUCCCCCUCCCGCACCAACUGGAGACCUCCCUCCCAGAAAUAAUGACCUGUGCGCGGUGUCGAAGUCGUGGACCUGGAACCCCGUCCGAUCGCUGCUGGCGCCAAGAUCCGCGGCCGCCGCGAAGGGCCGCAGCACGGGCGCCGCGCGGAGGCCGCCGGAGCUCCUGGCCCUGGCGUCGUCCUCAGCCGCGCCCGACGAGGACGACGACGACGUCGCCGCCUGGCCCUGCGGCGGCUUGUAGUACAUCCGCGCCGUCUGCGGGCAGUGCGAGUGGAACCUUCGCCACCGCGGCGCGCAACUCUGGCUCGGCACCUUCGCCACCGCGCUCGACGCCGCGCGCGCCUACGCCGCCGCCGCCAGGGCGCUCUACGGGGACUGCGCCAGGCUCAACCUCAUGCCCGCGCUCCCCCAGGCAGCGGCGGCGGCGGCGGCGAACAAUAACAUGGUGGUCAUGAAGGCGUCCCCGGCGGCAUCACCGUCCUCCCCUGGACGCCACCACCAGUACUACAACUACAAGCAGCAGCAGGAGCCCGUGAUGAUGGCCGCGGCGAUGAUGCACUCCGCGCCCUGCAGCUCCGCCGACGACGCCUCGCCCAACUCCAACUGCUCCAACUACUCCAAUUCCAGUUCCUCGACGGCGGCGACCCCGACCGCGACGAUGCAACAGAUGAUAGCGGACGAGCUGGCGGCGGCCGUGGACCACAGCCACCAGCAGCAGCAGGCCGAGGCGGAGGACUUCGAGGACUAUGUCACGCAGCUGCCCAAGGCGGAGGACUUCGGCCUCGGGGGCUUCCAGGAGGUGCCGCCCCCCGAGGUGUUCGACGAGGCCCCCGGCGACGGUCUCUGGGACCACACCGUCGCCUGGCCGCCGUCGCCGGCCAUGAUGCUCGACUCCGCACGGCCAUGUCCAGCAUCUCCACGUACCGAGACAUCCCAGAUAGGAUGGCCGAGGCCGAUCCCUUCUCUGCCGUGCCGCGCGCCGCCGGCCGGUCGUCGGGGAGAGUAGCCCUUGCUUGGUUCAGCUGGCUCGUGUGCUUUGUGGGGCACGAGGAGAAGGGGAAGGAUUCGCGCUCGGUUCCUUGGAUGCCGAGGUAGGUGCGGCCGGCCGGGGAGGGCGCCCGUCGCCGGAGAUGCCGCGAGGCAGCAGAUCCGGCCUUGGCGAGGAGUCUACCGGCGGCGGGCGAGGAUCUCCCGCGAUGGCGAGGCGGGAUGGUGGCGGCGGCGGCCGGCGCGGGAGGAGUGGAUCGAGCG